AUGGAGCUAAAGAGGACUUUAGAUAGGUAUGCUAUAAGAAAGGGCGUGAAUCUGAAGAUAAAGAGAAGUGACAAGAGGUUAAUGAAAGUUGUAUGUCAAGAUGGAUGCCCUUUCCUCCUUUAUGCUUCUCGAGAUAGGAUGAAUGUAGGGUUCCAAGUGAAGACACUAUGCUAUGAGCAUAGGUGUGCACGUGUGUAUAAGAACCCUAGGGCUUCUGUGAGAUGGUUAGCUAAUCACUUCAAAGAGAAGGUGCAAGAGAUGCCUCAAUUUAAAGUGAGCAAGAUGAAGAAGGAAGUAGAGUUGGACUUGAAGGUGAACGUGAGCUUGCAUAAGUGUAAGAGGGCAAAGAGAAUGAUAAUGCAAGAGAUGGAAGGUAGCUUUACAGAUGAGUUUGGGAGAUUAGAGGCUUAUUGUAAUGAAGUGAGGUCAUCAAACCCAGGGUCGGAUGUGAGCGUUGAGCUAAGCCGAGAGGCAUUAGAGCAAGGGAGAAGAGUCUUCAAAAGAAUGUACUUAUGUUUCAAUGCGAGCAAGGUUGGAUGGAGGACAGGGUGUCGACCUUUGAUUGGGGUGGACGACACAUUCUUGAAAGGGAAAGCAAAGGGAAUACUUUUGAUUGCCGUGAGUUUAGAUGUAAAUGAUUCAUUAUACCUGUUAGCAUUUGGGUUGGUCUCAAGAAAAUGGGCUUUAUUGGACUUGGUUCCUUCAAUGGCUACAAAGGUCAUUUGA